AUGCCUUCUUCGAAAACUUCGUUUUCUUUAUGUUCAGUGAAGCUUGCACGCAAUUGUAUACCAUCAUUACAUUUAUUUUCUACUCCUCAACAACCAACAAUGAUUACACCUAAUAAAUGGCCAGUUGAUCUUGUAGAAGCAGUUUGUAUUGAAGCAUUCCAUAUUACGACACGUGCUCAACUCGAAAAAAAAACAAAUGAAUACACAGUAGCACUAGUAUGUCAAAAUAAUUAUUUCAAAGAAACAAUGAACAAUAGUAAAAGUUUUGUAUAUUGUACAUAG